AUGAUUUUGUUUCUGUCACCUGAUGUCUGUGUUCAACAUCUCCACCCAUCACGGAGUAAUAAAAGAGCAUGGGAGACCACAGCUGCUGUAGCUACCGCUGGAUCUCAGGAUCUCAUCGAGAGAAAUGAGUGCAUUCAACGUCCAGAAGAGCGGCGAGGUGAGAAUCUCACACUCCCUUCAUCCGAAAGAAAAGGAGUUUGUAGACAGAAGGAGAGACGCUGUGUUUCGAAGCCUGCAGGAACUCAACAUCCACACCAGUCAGGAUGAGGAUGAGGUGCAGAACAUAGCGUUACUGGCUUCUGGAGGAGGAGAAAGAGCCAUGGUGGGUUUGCUGGAAUGUCUGGUUCAGCUUGAUAAAGCGGGUCUUCUGGACUGCAUCCUUUAUCUGAGCGGAGUCUCUGGAUCCACCUGGUGCAUGGCCUCCUUAUACAAGGAACCAGACUGGUCCACCAAACUAGAGACAGUGAAAGACAACAUCGUCAAGAGACUCAGUGGUCCUAAAGUCAGCUGGGGAGACGCAUGUGAAAAACUGAAGAAAUAUCACAAAGAGAAAGAACUCUUCAGCUUGACUGACGUCUGGGCGGCGCUGGUCGUCACAGACUACGUGAAAGAGAUCGAUGAACAAACCCUCACAGAGGAGUGGGACCACUACAGUAAAGACCCGUUUCCCAUCUACACAGCGAUCGACAAGCAGUUCAAACAGCAAGGAGACGGAGACCCCUGGUUUGAGAUCAGUCCGUAUGAAGCGGGUUACUCCCUCACCGGAGCGUUCGUGGACACCUCCAGCUUCGGCAGCAAGUUUGAGAACGGCUCCAAGAAUGAAAUGGACAUGCUGUACCUGCAAGGUCUGUGUAGCAGUGCUAUAGCUGACGAAGAAGAGAUCUAUCAAAUCAUCUGCAUGAAAAUAAAAGAUUUCCUCCACAUUAAAAAAAUGAAGAUGCUUGAAGAAACAACGACAGAUCUCAGCUCCUGGGAGGUGGAACAGUGUUUCCAGGUUCUCGUGGAUCUUGUGGACGCGCAUCUCUACGUUCGGAUAGGAGAAGAUCCCUCUGCUCUUCAUCGAUCCAUCGCAAAAACACUGAACAAUCUCGGUGGAGGCAAAUAUCAGAGUUUUUCAGAUGAAAAAAUAAAUCUCAACGAUAAACAAGCUGCAAAAUUGUACAUGAAGCAAUACACUGAACACGUAUUUAACAAUUUGAGUCUGAAUUUCACUUUCUGGCCUUUCGAUUUUUUCAAAGACAUUUUUAAAUGUCUGAUUCAUUGGAUCUGGGGCAGAAAUUAUAACUUUAUCCAUAACAUGACAGAUAAAACGGUGCCUCCCGAUCUUCUGAAAAGUGAGACGAGAGACUAUGAAGACGCCGGGCUGUUGCUGAACUCCCCGUACUUCUCCGUGCUGAGAGAAGAACGAAACAUUGACCUCAUCAUUUCACUGGAUUUCAGCGAAGGAGAUCCUUUCUUGACGAUCAAGGAAACAGCUGAUAUAUGCAGUGCCCAGAAACCCAAGAUCCCUUUCCCUGAAGUCCACAUUCCCAGUAAAGAAGAGAAGAACCCGAAGGACUUCUACGUGUUCAAAGGCCCGAACGCUCCAACCGUGAUCCACAUCCCUCUGUUUAAUGUGGUCAACUGUGGAGAUGAUCUUGAGGCUUGGAGGAACAAAUAUGGCACCUUCCAAGGUCCUUACAGCGCUGAGAUGAUCAAGGAUCUUAUGGAGGUCGCUGGAAAAAACAUCUCUAACAACGUAGAGAAACUGAGGGAGCAGAUUGGUGCGGCCGUCGGGCGAAAGGAGGAUAAUGAACCAUGAGUUAAAUAUUAAAACGAGUUCAACAUGUUUGGGGUUUUUCUAAAGUAAACGCAUGUUAUAAAAAACACAUUGUAAUGUUUCAUUUCAGUUGCCCAAAGAUUGUUUUCACCAAAAGUCUCAUGUUCCUUCAUGCAUGGUUUUAAGCAAUAAAUGGAUUAUCAUUAAUAA